UGUAACGUUCUACUUCUCCCUCCAUUCCUACAAUAAAACUCCCUCGACUCCUUCGCCCUCUUCAGCUUCGCUCUUGAAUUUCUUCUUCUUCUUCUCUCUCUCUCUCUCUCUCUCUCUCGCUUACUCUGGUUCUCCUUCAAUAAUUUACAGAAGUUCUUCUCCUAAAAUAGCAAAAGAAGAACCCAAAAUUACACUUCUUGAGGAUUCGCUUCUCCGUUUGAUUUGACCAUGGGAAAACCUCGAGACUUCUAUGAGGUCCUCAACAUUCCCAAGGACUCGUCCCCUCAACGAAUCCGCAGAGCAUACAAGAGCCUCGUCAAGAAAUGGCAUCCCGACAAACAUCCUCUUUCUUCUAAGCCUGAGGCCGAGGCAAUGUUCAAAGCCAUCGCCCAAGCCUAUGAGCAGGCCCUUUAUGAAAUCCAGGGAAAACCUCUGUUUGCCAACUGUGACAGCAGCACCGGUGGAGGAGGAAGAGGAGGGGAAGGAGGAUCAAAUCGUGGCCGGACCACGACGCCCCUGUCGUCGGUGCGGGCAGCUAGCUUCCGCAGGGAGGAUGCUGUGCAUAGGAAACCUCGCAGUGAUCCUAAGGAUGUGCACUACACGGCUUCUUCGCCUAAGUCUGGCUUUGCUUCUAAUUCAGGCACUUGUUGGAGAAAGCCACCGCCUUUGGAGAGGAAGCUGGAGUGCACACUUGAGGAGCUUUUUAGUGGUUGCAGGAAGGAGAUUUACUUUGAUAGAGAAGUGGUUGUGAAUGGGUCUGUUAUUCGAAAGGAAGAGUCACAGAAGAUCAAAGUGAAGCCAGGAUGGAAGAAGGGGACUAAGAUUACAUUUGAAGGAAUGGGGGAUGAACGGCCAGGAUGCCUUCCUGCUGAUGUAAUCUACAUGAUAGCUGAAAAGGAGCAUCCUUUCUUCAAGAGAAUUGGCAAUGACCUUGUGAUGAAAAUAGAGGUUCCUCUUGUGAAUGCUCUUACUGGCUGGACCUUCUCCUUCCACCUCAUAAAUGGUGAACAGAUGACCCUUUCUUUCCAAGAUGAGAUCAUUCAUCCAGGAUAUGAGAAGGUUAUUGAAGGUGAGGGCAUGCCCUUGGCUAAUGAGAAGGGCUUGAGAGGAGACCUGAGGAUCAGAUUCCAUAUUCGAUUUCCAACAAAACUUAGCAUCAGGCAGCGCACUUUUAUACAAGAGGCCCUUAAACAGGAUAGCUGAUUGAUUGUUAUAAGAAUGUUUGGUGACUUUCUUUGAUGACAUAAAGAAUAAAUAAAUAAAUAAAUUUCUUAGCUUCUCUCAUGGCACUAGUUUGUCAAUAUGGUUAAUUGAAGUCUCAAGUGUGUAGAAUUGGAAAAGCUAUCAAAGUGAAGCCAUGUAACAGUAUGAAGUGUGAUUUUCCUUCUGUUGUAUCUAUGAUAUCGGCUAAUUUUCCUGUGUGUAAUUUGGAUUAUUUGGUGCCUUCUA